UUGAUAACUAACCAAUGAAAUUUACAGAUUAAAAUUUUUGUUUUGGAUGAAAACAGAAUGAAAUUGAUAAUAUUUAUUUUUAUAUUAUAUUCACUCUAUACUGAUUCAAAAUUCGCUUCAAAAGAAAACGACAUUUUAAAAGAACUGUCAUGGGGAACGAAAAUAAAAAUUUUAAAUGACAAAACAAUUCCACCAAUCAAUCGUCGUGUUGGCAUAUCGAUGCUCAGAUCUCCUGACGUCACAGAAAUGGCGGACACAACAAAAUCGGACGGCAAAAAUCCAGAAGACAGCAGUAUGAAAAUAAAACUAUUCAGACUCAUGUACGAAACCAUCAGAGAUAGUGACACGAAAGUAAAAAGAGCUGAACUUAUAAAAGCUCAUUACGCAAACUACUCGUCUUUCGAAUUUGGUUUCAUAAUGGGCGACCUCAUGGAUAAAUUUAACGUGAUGACCGAUAUAUCGCUAACAAUGAAAAGACUCUAUAAAGAGUGGAAACCCAUGGAACACAUAAAUGCGUAUGAGCAAAUAGCUAACAAAGCUAUAGAAAUUAACAACUUAAUUGAUAUUAUCAAGGUUAUUAAUAAAAAGAAUAAU